AUGAUCGGCACAGUAGACAGCAUCAAAGCCGAUGCCAAUGCUCAGUUUUUGCUGCAACUUGGCUGCCUGCUUUCACGCUCUCACUCUUGGAAGCCCACGGCUAAACUAAGGAUCUUCAUCCCUGUUGCUCCUGGAACCGAUGUCACAGCUGCCCAGAAAUCUUUCAAGACUUAUUUCAUGGAACUGCGAAUAAAUGCAGUCUUAGUACUAGUCACUGUUGAAUAUAAUCAGCUCGAGUUGAUGGAUGACGAUUAUGUUUCUUGGGUAAACUCGCUCAUACUGUCAAAAAAGUCGGGUCAAACUGGAGUUACUUUCCUUCAAUUGCCGAAUACUGUCGAUACAUGUAUGGGCUUCAUAUCGCCUGAAAAAGGCUCUGCGUCUUACUUGGCUGAUCUUGGACCAGUUGUGAUGACUUGGGGUCUCAAAAAUGUUAUUUCUGUAUAG